GCGAGUGGAUCGGCGCAUGCGCGCUCACCGCGCUGAUGACGACAGCAAUGAAGAUGGCGUCGGUAGGGAAGACGAGUUUCGCGGUUUCAGCCAUGGGAAUAGUCGCAGUUUUACUGUCACUGCAGAUCCUUUUUGUGAGCUGCUUUCCGACAGUGCCAGAUGUGUCUCAGAAUACCAGCAAUAAAAGCAACACCGCCAUUAUGACACCUGAUAAGAACAUGUUGAGCACCCAGAACGACAGUCAUCAGCAUGAAUCAGGCAAGGUGACUACUGUGACGACUACGACGACAACUACGACGACUACAAUGCCAGCUCCCGCUGUCGACAUCACUGUCGGCACCAAAGCAGCAGACAUUCCACCUACAACAACUGCCACAGACCUGCACGAAACCACUUCAGACCUGCACGAAACCAAUCCAGACCUGCACAAAACCACUUCAGACCUGCACGAAACCACUUCAGACCAGACUACAGCCGCCAAACUCAACCCACCAGAGCCCACCACCGUCUCCACCCCUGCGGCUGGCAAAACAGAGAGCAUCUCAGAUUACGUGGUCCCCCGCAUGUCUUCAGAGGCAGACAUGGGGUUUGGAGAUGAUGAAGAUGAAGAUGAUGGUGUUAUUGGUGAAGACUUGGGUGAGUCUGAAGAGCCUCAAGACAGUGAGGUUGUGAGGAAAAACCCUUCCCCUGCUGAGAGCCCUGAAGAAAUAAAUGUUGAAUUCAAGGGCACAACCAUAUACACCACCCAGGAUGAAGAUUCACACUUCUUCUUUCAUCUGGUCAUCAUCGCCUUUCUGGUGGCCAUCGUGUACAUCACCUACCACAACAAGAGGAAGCUGAUGCUGUUGGCUCAGAGUCGCCGCUGGCGGGAUGGCUUCUGCUCGCGCGGGGUGGAGUAUCACCGGCUCGACCAGAAUGUCAACGAGGCCAUGCCUUCGCUCAAGAUGACCAACGAUUACAUCUUUUGAAGAAAAGCUAAUUUUGUCCACACAUGGUGUCUUAUUUAAUCAGGGGAGGAGAGAUUGUGCUUUAGUAGUUUAUGUGCACUCUUCAGAUGAUCUUGGGUUCUUCUAUUUGUUCUCCUCUGUAUAUUCUUCGGUGUCUAUAAAAGCAGACGGUUUUGCAGUAAUUUAAUCAUUCUUGAAGAAAAGUAAAUGAAGGUCUGUCCCUGUAAAUAUUUGAUUAGAAACCUUCUGCUUCUGUCUGUCACAGGCCUAGAACAAAAUAUAGAUGAUCGAGUCCAUCACGCGUGCUGUGAACGUGUGUGUUCGGCACAGCUCGUACAAAGCCAUGCUAAGUCCAGUUCGGCAUUAAAUGUAUGUUUGUUUGCUACGCAGCCGUUUCGGGCUGGCCCCCUUUAUGUUUGUGUUAUGACUUCAGUGAAGUUGUUUUAUAUGAACUGGGUCCGCGUUGCCAAAGCUUGGGAGAUUUAUGGAAAAUUAGCAUGCAGCUGUUUUUAUUGUUUCCUUGUUCUUUUUUUUUUUUUAUUCCACUGCGCAUGAGCGUUGCCCAUCUCAACACAACUGUAGCAGCAGCCGGAGACGUCUAUAUAUCAAUUUGUGUGUGCAGAUCUGCAUCAGCUACAACACUAAUAACGCACAAUAGAGCAUUUUCAUCUCUGAUUUCCAUCUGUGCAUGAAGACAGCAUAUUGGAUUCCUCUUCAGUCAAUCAGUAUGAAUUACGAUCAUCAAUAAAGCACCUCUGUAUGCUCACA